UAAAAGUAAUGGAAGGCAAACAUUUGUUUAACGAUAUUUAUAUAAACCCCUCGUAUUAAAACCAUUAUUGAAAUUGUUUACUGAUGCGUUCCGUCGAGCUCGACGAAAUUGACAGUUCAGUUUAGACACAGCUGUUGAUAUGACACAAUAGGUUAUGUUAGUUUAUUCAAAAUCGAAUUGUGAUAGUGGAGUAGUGAGUGUCAAUUAAAUAAUUUAUGCCAAAUCCGUGUAGUUCAUUUAGAUAAUCGUUGGGUAAUGUUAAGUUACAAGAAUAAUGGAAUUCGAUUCCCAGAGUCUCUGUUCAGAUGAAGGUGUUGAAUUAACCAUAACUGAUCAUGGGGAAUUGUACCCUGGAGACUACCAUUACAUGGAGGACAAUGAACCUUCGGUUUUGGAAGCCAAAAUUGUAUAUCUACUCAUGCCAAAAAAUGUUCCGAUAUCAAGAGCUAAAAGACUUCAGUGGUUGUUGGACCACUUAAAUGUAGUUAUAACAGUGCCUAGUCUUCAAAAAAUUAGCGAGACCACAAAUGAUUUAGAAAUAAUUUCGGCUGUACCAAGGGAUCAAACAAUAGUAAAAUGCAAUCGUUUCCUCGUAACAUCCGAGACGGAAGUGAAAUUUUUGGCGCACACUUACCGUUUCGUUUAUUGUCUGGACAUGAGCCCUUCUCAAUCCAGCGUCGACAUACAAAGGGGCCAGGUGCUUUUCGACGAGAUACUUGUCUGUUUUAAGACAACUUUGGAAGCCAUCACGCGGCAGUUCACAAUCCCGGGAAACUCGUUGGUUUUCCAGCCAUGCAUCUAUCUGACGGUUAUGGUGAACACGCCGUUUUUCAUGAGCCCGGCCCAACAGGUGCUGGUUAAGGGGGUGCAAAUCACGAACGCCAACGUGAACAGCAUCAUAGACGACAUCGAGAAGCAGUUCUAUCUUCUCGAAUGGAAAAUCGCCGAGGUUUCCGUCGUCGCACACGAACAACUCGACAUUCAGAGAACCCAGCACGAGGGCAUUGUUGGGAGGCUGUUCGACUUGCCGGAUUCCACCUUCGUUCCUAAAAUUCCGAUGGUCACUGCUGACGCAAAUUUUGUUAAUAUGCUGCGUUAUUCGAUGUUGGCCAUAUCCUUGCUACCGGAAAUUAGUAUAAGUCAUAUUCUAGUCAUAACUGAUGGGAUUGUUGCAAUGCCGGACUUCAAUAUAAUGGAGACUCUGUUGUAUCAACUUCAUUACGACAGCAUAGCUGUGUCCUUUCUGAAAGUUGGUUCCAGUUUCCAUCCACAUUCAAGUGCCGGUUAUAUUCCUUACGUGGAUCUCCUACACUUCCUCUCCAACUCCACCUUGGGCAGUUGCUUUGAAACUUUUCCUGAUACUCAACACGAACCGUCCAUGUCAAUAAAUCCGUAUCAGGAAGUAUUUUUGUUGUGGUCGUUUCAAAGGAUCAACAAACAUUCGUAUCCAAAGAACUCGAUGGGUCCUAAGUGGUCUUCACCCAACGAAUCAUUUUAUAGUCACAAACCGCCGUGUUUGCUAGCCAAAAAACAGACUGAAGAAAAAAUUAACGCUUCCAUUUUGUUAAUGUUAGGGAGGCGUUUAAGGGAAGGAUUUACUGUAGAUAACAUAUAUUUGGCCAAUGGAGAUUUGGAAGUUAAGCUGAGUCUGCAAUGGAAGUGCUUCAUCUACAUCAAUUACAAAAUAACUUCUGAGUGGCCUGUAACAAAAAAUAACGUAAAAUUUGAGAUCAACAUUUUAGGUCCUUAUGAGUUUUUGCACGACUUAACUUGCCAAGUGAAGAAGGAUCAGAAGUCAGCAAAUAGACAAGCUAUUAUAAAACGAUUUUGGAUGAGAUUAUCCCAGUUAUCGACUGAAGACAUAAACCUAGCCCAAAACUUGUCCUCCUUUCAAAUAUCGAACAAAGAUUGGCAUAUUUUGCCAGAAAGCAUUAGGAAUGGUAUCCCAGUUUUUACGUUAAACAUGACCUGUGGUGACACAACCAAACUAAUUUUAUCUCUAAGAGAUGUAUCCUCCACGAAAUUCGUACAUGUAUGGCAAACGAUUGCCUCAAUGGAGACCAAUGUUUGGCGUAAAUGGUUGCAUACUCACAAAAUAUCACUGAUUUUAAAACACGACAAUCCGCUGCCAAAACAUCUACACUUGCCAAACUCUUCCCUCAGAUACCAAGUUGUUCAAUGCAGACAAGCCACUACUGCCUUAUAUAAUAUGCUAUCGGAAUGGGGAUCGUUCGUCCUCAUAGACAAUCACACCUACGUUAAGUUUUUAUACUCAGAAACCGAAAAGACGCCCACAGGCUUUUGCCUAGUGAGAGUCACGUCCAAGUUCCCCUGCGCCGUUCUAAAUCUGGGAUUUCUGAGCGGCACGCCGGGACACCUGAGGCAAACCGUCUGCAACGAACUGAAAUCCAAACUUUCGGACCUGUCGUAUCUCAUAAGCCCUUCCGGAAAGGCCAAAGAGAACGAGUGUUGCGUCCUGUUGCAGAAACCCAUCGAAAAAAUCCUCAUCAGAUACGAACGAAUCCCUAGUAGCUUUACCACCGUCGUGUUCCCGGACGGCACUCAGCCUCCGAACGCCAUGCACCCCCUGCAGACGCCCAUAAGUGGCUCCCUCUUCACCACGUUGUCCAGGUAUUUGUACCACAAGCGGUGGAUUUGGAGCGCUUCACAUUCGUCCAAUCCGCGACUGGCUGAUUCGGCCAUAUCCCGGAUACUGAGCACUUUAACUGGUAUGAGGAUUAAGGAGGGGUUCAGCUUCGCUCACUCGUCCUCGGGUAUCAUAACCAUGGUGCUUGAGCUGUGGAUGGAUCAGACUUCAAGUUGUGUGGUGCAGUACGUGUUGUUUCCACCACAUUACGCCUGGUGCACGGACGAUUUCUUCAGCGGAUCCGAGGAGGAGAACGAUGUGUCCUCGGACAACGAGACGGAAAUGCAACUUGUCACUGAAGUGUGGAUCGAACCCCAAUACGGGAAGGUUCUUCCCAGCAAUCCCAGGAUAACUUAUAUGGAUAACAAGUACUACUACGAAAUAGCUGAUGUGAUAUGUAAAAUAGACAUGCAAUGCAUUAACUCCUUGCUGACUAUGGAGCACUUGAGUUUAAUGUGUCAAGACAAGACUGUCACCUGUAACAUCUCUAGAUCACUGAAUCGAAUAAUGUCCAAUACUAGUCGAAAAAGUAGGAAAAGCAGUAGAAAUAGUUAUUUAGAGUCACCACUUGUACCUGAUUAUAAUGGAUCUCAGUAUUAUCCAAUUGUAUCUCCAAGAAUAGAACACAUUCCAUUUAAAUUCGAUCCAAUCAAUAUUUUACCUCUGUGCCAACAAACCGAAUUGCUGUUUUCAAUGUUCAUUGAAGGAAAAGAAUCGUCAUUGGGACCUGGAGUGAACAGGGCCAACACGUUGCUGCUCAACAACAUCCUUGAGCACCUCGCCAUUUUACACGACCAAGAGCUAGAUCUGACCAAAGAGGAAUCCAAACUGUUCACGGAUCAGAUCUUGCGCCGACACCAGAACAGGUACCCCCACGUUUGCCCCAUCGAUGAGGAACUGUACCAGAGAAAAAGCCACGAGCCUUUAUGGCGGUGUUUCCUGAAAGGCAUAUCUGUGACACAUGUGAUUCUGACGUUUAUUCCGUCUACCUUGCCCGAUUUAAAGUCGUUAGUUUGUAACGAGACUAAACACAUUCCAAAUUUGAAUGAUAGCUUAGAGAAUAGUGAACGGACUUCGUCCAGGACGAGUAAUUUCAGUGAUGUACCAAUUAACUUUCAAAAUUCGUUAUGUUUGCCGGUUUAUGUUUUCGAUUGUCCCUUAGCCAUGCUUGUUAAGGCUUACAUGAACAACACGGAUGAAACCACACCCACCAACGAUGAUAUUUACGAAGACCAUAGGUUUAAGGCCAACACGUUUAUAUACGAAGAGUACACCAAGUUGAAAUCUGAUGGAAACGAAAACUGUGAUAAAAAUGAGGACUGUGAUACCACUGAGACUCGUAAUGUGAGGUCGCAUUGCAAAGCUCUGGUUUUGGCGCAUUCUAAGUGCUUCACUAUAUCUUUGUUUGUUGCUUUGCACAGUAAUGUGUACGUGCACAGUUACGACGUGCAAUCCGCCAUGGAUCAAUGUGAGGACUUCACAUCUGAGAUUGAUAUCACCGAUUAUAUAAUGACGAUUUGUGGUCAUGUAAAGAAUCAAAAGGACAACAAAAUCAUGAUUGAUUCACUUAACCAGGCCAUUCCUUGCACCGAUCUCUCAUCCUUGCAUUCCUUAAUCAAGGAUAAGUUUUUAAAAAUCAUCGGCAAUUAUUUUUAUCCCAUCCCCACAAACGAAGAGUUUUAUUACUAUCACAGCCUCUCCAACGUGAACCCAGAUGAUCAAGCAAUUGAUAGUGAUGAUGAGAUUUCGAACAACUUCUCCGAAAUUAUGGAUCUGAAGUCCGAAAGAGAUUACAGCCUUUAUUCGGAAGAUCGUGCAAGUGACAACGUGGAAAAUGACAACAUAAGCCCGUUGUUUUUGCAUCUGAUUUGCACGUUAAAAUACAACAACGGACAAGUUUCCAAUACUUCAGUACGAGUUUUGCCUACUUGCUUGGGGGAGCUGGUCCAGCAUUUGGAGCCUCAGUUGGAGUACUUGGAUGCCACCAACACUAGAGUUACGUUAGAUAUUCUGUACAUAACAUUGCCUAAUGAAGUGCAGAAUAUUAUCACCAAUUACUCCACCCAAGGUAUGAGAACUACGUCGUUUUGCUCCGACACCUUUCAACCAAGCAUUGACAGCUCAAUCUCCGAUGGAAGCUAUGCGUCAGAAAUACCCAUGGUACUUCCGAAUCUUCCUGAGCCUCAGAAGAAAACUAUACUGACACUCAAAGAAGAGAUAAACUGGCUUUUAAAAGACGAAAUAGCAACUGCUCUGCUAGAUGUGGAUCCUGUGAAAGCUGAUACAUUAAGAUUCGUCACGAACCACGUGGCUGAUGGAAGUCCUGCCAGCAGGACUUCCUGUAUUAUGGAUUUAAUACGACUUAAUUUCGUAUACGUUUGCAAGCAAAGUUACGAAAAGUUCGUCGAGGAGUUCUCUAAGAUAGAGCUGCCUUCUUAUUACAAAUUGUGCAAGGAGGAAGAGUUCUAUUACAUCGCCAAAGACAGCGAAUCACUCAGAGACAGGAAGGAAAGCGGUUGUUACGUGCAGAACGACGACAAAGUCGAACAGUUCUUCAACGAUGGCCCUGAAUUAUCCAACAUAGAAAACUUGAGUUUAUCCAGUAAUGGAACAGGUUUCAUGAGCAACGUGAAUCAGGAAUACGACCCAAAUAAGUCCACGGAUGAAGUGGCGUCACAAGUCAGCGAUAUCUCCAACAGUUUGAACGGAAGCGCUCUUGAAACCGAAGGUGGGUACGACGAAGACGACAGUGAGGACUACGAGGAUUACACGUGGCUGGAAAAACUGAACAAGAAACGCCAACAUCUGCCCAACUUUUGGCUUAUUAUGAAAAUAGAACAAGAAUUGGUGACGAUUUAUUUCCAUUGUCGAUUUCUGGAGAUGCAGACUUUGCACGUGGGAUUAUAUCAGGAUGUGCAAAGAUCCGUCAGCGAUGCCAUAAAGGAUCUGUGCAAGAGGGUGAAUCAAUUGUUGUUGUUGCAGAACUUGUACGACUCCAAGAUCUGUGACACCUUGCUAGAACCUGAUGAUAAUUGCAGCGAAGCUUCCAACUCACCCAUUUCCCGCAACACUUCCUGCGUCCGGCUGAAAAGCAUGGAUGAAACUAGUGACGAGUCCGACAUCAUGGCCUAUUCAGCAUCACUUUCGGAAGCUUCGUUGAACUUUAAGGCUGGAUUCUUUAGUUGCCCAGUAGUUUGGGAGACAAGAUUCGUCUUGCACCCCAGAUUGAAAACCGGACCCGGGAAGUCUGGUAUUUCCCGAGGAAUUCUAGCCCUAAAGCACAUUUUAGAUAAGUUCUCCGUCAGUAACAGAAACAACAUGUUCGUGUACAAGGACACCAGAAAUAACGUGUUUUAUUUGAGGCUGCAUGAAAACCUCCAGUACCCAAAUAAAGGGGCGUCUCGAAGCUACGAGUACGAGAACGGAACUGUCUCCCGUAGCCCGUCCAUGGCAUCACUUCCAUUGGCCCAGAACAAAAGUAACUUAACCCAGUCGGAACAAAGCAUCAACUCGUUGGAAAGCAGACCUAGACUAAGAUCGUACGGCGAGAAGGAAUGCAAGGAGGGCCCCAGCGAAGACACUUUAAUAUUGAAAGUUCACGGCAUCACCGACGCUGGUGAUGACGUGAAGUUGCAACUGGUGCAGGUCCUGCAGAACAGGUUGGACGAUGCAGUUCUGGAGUUUCUGUCUGUGAUGCUCGCCAGAAACUCCAUGUGGCCAUUGACGCCUGAAGAUGUGCAGUUCAUACAAAGGCCGUUCAAGCUUCCAGAAGAAAUAAUUAGAUUUACCAUUCAAGAGUAUGUGGCAUCUCAAUAUUUGGACUCGUUCGUGUGUUAUCUGAAGCAAAAUCUGCUGCAAUUCCUGAACAAUCCGAAGUAUACGGACAACAAGGCUCAUUUCAAGGAUUACUCUGAUAAUAACGACACCGCGGGGGAAGACAGCAUCUUCAUCUAUAACCAGGGUCAAAAUCCUUCUUCAGGGAACAGGGGAAUAGCUUGCAUUGCUUUGGCUAUAAUUUCCAAUGUACCUACUAUUGAGAACAAAGACAUGGAGGCUUCCUUUCAGGAAAUAUUUGCCAAGAAACUGUACGAACCUAUGUUGGUGUCCGAGAAAGUUGCUGGAGAAGUACCUCAAUCGUACAUUGAGUUCCGCUUGUGGAAACAAGGUAGAGUGAACAUCGACAACUUAGCCCAAAAACUGAUGGCAGCCAUAUCUCAGGCAACCUGGGACAUAGUCACUGAGUACUACUUGUUAAAAAAACCAUUGUGCGUAGACAAGGAACCAAAAAACAUCGUAGUUGACUACAAAAUCGACUUAGACUCAUCCGACUUGGAUUUAAGCAAGGAGAUCGAGUUUGUAUGCAUAUUAGACUCAACUAUUGAGAACGAAAAUGUUGGAGGUACUAGCGACAAACACUCGAUCGACGAGAUAUACCAAAACAAACUUUACAAACGCUCCAGUCAAAAAUCAACGGAAACGGAACCAUCGGAACAAAGAAGAAGCCAAACCUUCGAAGUUUCCGCCUUCGACUCAGGAAGUGAUGGCAUUCUAAGUGAUAUUUACGCAAAAUAUUUGCCUUCGUGGUUGGAAUUCGGGUACAACUUAAACGUACCAUCCGUGAGAAAGCUGAUGAUAAACCUGAGCACCAAGCACGUGCCUAAUGUAACUGUAAAGGAGAUUUUGGGGAUGCUACAGGACACUUCCAGGGAAUUCUGUGCCGUACCUCUGGAUAUCAUCAACAAAGAAGAGUAUUACACGCCACACUUCUCUUCCAGUUACUUCCAGAAGUGCGUUGUCAUAUCCAGAAACAUGGAACAAUGGGCGGCUUCCUUGGAAACGCAAUCCUGCACCGAUUAUCCCGAAGUACUGAGGCCGAACGUGGUGAAACACACGCAGAAAUUCGUUCCGGAGAUCGUAAACGAUUUUCUGAUACCUCGACAGAAAAUACUUUGGCUUGUGGUGGAUUGCGAGACGAUCCUAAUAUACACUUACAACUGGACAAAAGACAACAUAGACAAACUGAACAAGAACUGCAACAAUCUUGGCUUGUGGCUAAGUGUUAGGUCGUGCUUCUUGAACUCCGGAACUUCUCAAAAGCUGGGUCUGUUUCACAACCCCUCAUUAACAAGGAAACAAUUUAUGAUGGCUUCCAAUCCGUAUAAGGUUUGCAUAGGAGACACCGACUUCAUGAUGGAGUACCCUAAAGAGCACAAACAAAGAAAGCGUCCACAAUCAGGUUACAACUUACAUUCCAUAGUCGAAGCUUUCAGAGACUCGUUCCGACCUUCCAAAUUCUCCUGCCAAGAUCCUGUCGUCAUGUUAACUUACGAAAUGCACGAGAUGAAGAGUAUAGAAAAGAAACAAAGAGACGAAAUGAAAAAGCUUCACAACAUGUACCAGUCAAGAACAAGCACCACCACUGUGUCUCAAAUCUUCCUUUUGAUGCAAAACUCGAGGAUAAUUCAUUACUGCCACACUCCGUUGUUGUUCUUGUCCAGAUGGCGACUGAAAUCAGCCGCUACUAGAGACCACUCGUUGUAUCCUUCCCAGGCAAUGGAUUUGGCCGACAGAUUGUGCGACGAAGACAAAGAAUCUUGGCACACUGAAUUGUGCUACUCCUUCUUCACGGACUACAGGCAGUACUUGCAAACGUUAGGUUUUAUGCCUUUACAGAUCGAUAAUCCUCACAAAACCACGAAUGGACUUUGGACCAAAGACAAAUCCUCCUAUAACUCGGUGUUCUUUAUACAAAAAACUAUAUUAGGUGGAAUUUUAGUUUUCACUGUAGAAUUUAACGAGCCAUUUUUUAUCACCAAGCUACACGUCAUUGAGUGUAACAGGUUACAAAACAUAAAUUCUAGAGCUUCUAUUAACCGGUUUACCAUCAGCUUUUUGGACGAAUGUGACCGUGUUAAGAUACUAAUGCAUUUACAUUCGUUUACUUAUGAUUACCAUUUAAGAUGUAUUUACAACUAUUUAACUAUGUCUCCUACUGCCAAUAAACUGUGUGAUGCCUAUAAUGUUCACCAGUUCCUAGACGAUUUCAUGAAGUACUACAACAAAACACCAAACUUUGCACGUAAUUUAGUUUACACAGAUACUCUGACAAUAAAAGAUUUGGUAACAGAAGGAAAACAACUGUAUGAGUAUUUGCUAUCAAACGUUGCUCAAUACAAUUUCAAAGUGUUCAAUAUGGACCAUAUCGGAGAUAUGGAAUACAUUUUGGUUCAAGUAACAAGUACACCACAAGUGUCUUACAAAGACUCUCAGGACCGUCAACACACCGAUGAUUUCGAUAUAACGCUAGUCGUUUAUAAUCUUUGCACUCCGUACUCCCCUCAAGAUACCGUACUACACCUCAAGUACUAUUUAAUUUUGACCUCCAAGAGGGAAAUCUACCCCAAAUGCGACGUAGAACAGAAACUGGGCAAAUUCAGAACCGUGUCGUCGACAGCUAGAAGCUUGUCGGCCUUGGAGCGCAACUGCAACGACUUAGAGUCGAGCAUCACCAAAACGACGGAGUCAGAAACCGACGCCGCCAGCUCCGAGGACGACCACACUACCUACAAUUUCGAGAACGAAAGUGACGGCGACAACACGAACGUGGAGUCCUCACUCAGCCAACAAUCUAGCAUUCCCCACGUCGAAAUCUGCCAGGAGUCUGUCAAUUACCUCGGGUACUAUUCGUCUCACGAACAGCUCAUGCACCAACUCAUCCUGGACAAGGCUGAGACUACUCAAAAGCACAUCAAAGACAUGGUUGCAAAAGGUAUGGUGCACUGCAGAACGUAUUUACUAUGGAACAGACUGAUCUCUCCCCAUGAUUCCAAUAUGCUGAGUUACGAGGAGUUCAUGGAGCUGAAGGGUCUGGCUAAGCUGGACCAUUUGUGCGAUUUGCACCCUAAUUUGGGGCCGCUCUUGAACCAGAAGCUGUCCUGGUAUCAGGGGCUGGCCAAGCUGCUGCUGGUUAAGUACAAUGACCAACACAGGACGUUCAUAUCUUCCGACGGCAAUAUACAACAUUAUGUUAUAUUACAUCCGAAUUAUUUUGGGGCUUUCAUGCUGCUAUCUAUUGACCUGCACACUUCCAGAGGGGAGCUGUACGCAGUAUAUCGUGAGCCUCACAAGCAAGAGGACGCAGAAUUGUGUCUGGCAUAUCAGAAGAAUUUAUUGGAUGGUUUUGUAAACUGCAUCAGUUUUUACUUAUGGUCUGAAAUGUUGUCUAAUUAAGUUAAUGUUAUUAUGUGUUAUUUUGUUGAUUUUUAUGCAGAUUUGUAUUUUCACUCGAUUUAUAUUAUAUUAAUAUUUGUAGGCGAUGUUUUUCGUUCAUAGUUAUAUAGUUUUUAUUUAAGUUGUGAGCUGAUAUGCUUUCCAAGACUUUAUUUUUAUAUGGAUUUUUUUAUUUUUUCAUAAAUGUUACUUGUUUUUAUAGAGGUAUAAAUAUUAACAAAAAGGCUCAGUAUACUGUGAUAAUACUUGUACAAACUAUUUACCUUGUGCCUGAAAAUUUAAUUUUAUAAAAUGUAAAGUAUACUGUAAACAAUUGUAUAUUACUCUUUACAAGUGCCAUUUGUCAGUUUGUCACAAAUAAAAGGUUUUAAUAAAA